AUGGACUACGAAUACGGAGGAGGAGAGUACUGCAGGAGGGGACACGUGCCGGCGUUUGGGAGCUGGGACUGGAACGACGCCGUUCCCUUUACUCAGUGCUUCGAGACAGCAACAACUCAACAGCCUGCUUUUCUCCACUACGCUCCUUACCCUCAAGAUCGUGAUCUUUACCUCGCCGGCGAUCUCUACGACAACCACCACCUCGUCGCUCCGGCCGUGAUCCUCCUUCCUCGACGCCGGACUAAGGUUGGUCAGGAGCCGAAGAGAACCGGUUCGAAGGAGCAACACAACUACAAUACCGAUGCGCGUGAGUCGAACGCGCCGUCGAACUGUCCAACGCCGGUGGUGAAGCGGAGGAAGACGGCGCCGAAGCCUGUGGAUGAAGACUUGUACAAGGUGUCCCCUCAACUUCUCUCCGUCAAAUCCAAAAAGGUUAUGUUAAGACUGAUUUGGUCAAUGAUGUCUGAAAUUAAUGCAGAGAAGUGGAGGUGGGUUUGGUUGCAUUUCAAGGUGUUUUUUGCCGACACGGGUGCUUUGAAGCCACAAGCGUGA